CAGGUCGAUUAUGUGUUUGUUUGGGAGCGAAUUAAUUGGCAAUCGUCCGUCCGUCCGUCGGUAGGACCAACUUCACGUGAAGACCCACAGGCCAUCUCCGACGAGACGAUUUUCUCAACUAGUUUAUUAGCCGCCGGCCGCCACCAUUCUCAUCUUGCAAUUCCUCCCUUUCUCCCAACUUCUUUCGCCAUCCCUCUCGCCUGUCUCUGUCUUCCUUCCUUUCAAACCCCCUUGAAAUUCAAUCCUGUCGCCUAGGUAGGGUCUUCCCCUUACCUUAUUCAGAAGUUCAACCGUACUACAGUAGUAUCUUAUCUUAAAUUCAAACAUAUUUAGGGUCAUAAAAUACUAAAAAUGGAGGUCAUCAAUAUAAUGGACUCUUAAAGAUCUAACAGUGAGCUUAGUACCAGCACAACUAACUAACUAAUUAAUACUGAAAUGACAUGACGUUUUUUCCAUCCUCCGUUUAUAGCAUCAAAUGAGACAGGGUCCUAUCAUUUUUGGUAUGUCUACCGUACACUGUUCUUUUUUUUUUUUUUUUGGUCAACAAUCGUAUAAUAAUAUAGUAGUUAACCCAGUCUCAAUAAACUACUGGACCCUAUAACGAGAGCAGUUGAGGGGGGAAAAACAAAUAAAAAUGUUCAUUUGUAUUCUAUAUCGAAGAACCAAUUUAUCUCAAUAAAUCGAAUUGUUCGAUAACUAGUCCUAACAUCGUUUUCAUAUCACUUUCAUUCACAUUUCCUAACGAAAUACAUCUGAUGAGUUUAAGGUUUUGUACAGACCUGGUAACUUUAUCCCUAAUUGUACUUGGAUCGGUUGUUAAUACGAGCUAGAGACCCUCAUGUAUGGUCAAAGGUAUUAACUCAUAUUUGUUGGUUUCGAGAAUUAGGCACUGAGGGUCGCCCAUGAAAAGACUAGAUUAUAGCAUCAUGCCCCAAACUCCAGUCAACUCAUUAUCUAGAUAGCAAACUUAAUAAACGUACAUCUUACAUAUAUGUUAGUCUAACCAUAGACAAAAUUAACAUUUCUUUGUCAUGUUGAUUGCCUCUCGUAUAACAAUAUCAACGUAGGCGACUAAUUCUACCCAAUUACUGAAGUCAAAUUUAGUUGGAAACCCCUAUAGAUUUUAAGAACAUUUCUUUACACAUCUCACAUACACAGUACUCUAAUCUUCCCAUAUAUAUGAGCCCAUCCAAAUUACGUCCAAGGAAACCAAGGUAUAGUACACGCCCAUAUCUCACUCCCAAAAGUCUUCUCUUCUCUCCCCCUUUCCGCAACAAACAAACAACAUAACUACACCAUGUAUCCUUUCCAGUACUCCGAAACCCAACAGCAGCAACAGGAGGAUCGCUACCACCCACAGCCACAAGCAAACCAGAACAUGAACAAGAAGAGGCUAACGCAAGAGCAAGUGGGAGUGCUGGAGAACAGCUUCAGCGCCAACAAGAAGCUCGCCCCGGACCUGAAGCUCGAGCUCGCGAGGCGGCUCCACGUGCCGCCGAGGCAAGUGGCGGUGUGGUACCAGAACCGGCGCGCCAGGUGGAAAGCCCAGAGCCUGGAGCUGGACUACAACACCUUGCAGCUCAAGCUGGACCAUGCCGCGGCGGAGAGGCGCCGACUCGAGAGGGAGGUGGCUCGGCUCGGCCACGAGCUGGCCCGGGCCAACGAGAUGGUCCAGCUGGCUCUCAUGACAGCUGGGCCUCCUCCUCCGCCGUCUUCUCAUAUGGAGAGCCGUCCGAUCGACGUCAAUAUUGCACGGAACAAUUCGUGUAGCUCUUCGUCUGAUCAUCAAUGGGGAAGCUCGGCCAGCAUGAAUGAUAACAUUCAUAAUGGUGGUGAGGUUUUGGAGGUUGAUGAGGAUGAGCUGUAUGCUUCUUUCAUGAUGGGAGGUGGCGAUGGCAGUGGAUCAACCAGCAGCUGGGAUUAAUUAAUUAUUUAAUUAAUUAAUUAGAUCGUCGGUUCCUUAUAAUUACUUUAUUAUUAUAUUUGUAUAUUUUCUUCAGAAAAUCGGCAUGUGACAAAAGGUUUGUUUAUCUUUACUAAUGAAAGUAAGUACAACUUCGUUACAAGUUAAAUUAACGGCGGGACAAUUUUUCUUUAUUUUUCUCCGUAGAUAUUGGAAUGAGUAGAUAGAUACGAAGAAAAAAAAAGAAUCAAAGAGAUAACCAUUCACAAAUUUAACAAAGAAAUAGAGAUAAAAGUUUAUUAAGAGUGGAUCCGUAUAUACACAAUUCUGUUACAUUUGAGCAAGAAUCAGUGACUAACCACUUAUCAUAAGUAUUUACACGAAACGAUAAACAACCGAUGAUAAAGUAAAGAACGAGAU